AUGGCUAACUCAUCAAGCUAUGUUAACCUACUACAGAGUCAACAUCCAGUUGACCUUGAUUCACCCGAACCUUUUUGGUUCGGUAGCCAAGGUGCUGAUGAGGCUUAUGUGAUGUCUGGUAGCCAAGUUCCUGAUACACACGCUGCUGUGAAGUCAACUCCCCAAGUUUCUGAGAGGAGGAAAUGGUCUCCCAUAGAGGAUAAAAUCCUUAUUGGUGCAUGGCUUAACACCAGUAAAGACCCGGUCGUGAGCAAUGAGCAGAGAGCUGGAGCAUUCUGGAAGCGGAUUGUAGAGUACUACAACGCAAGCCCUCUCCUGGUUGGGACAAUAGAGAGAGAGCUGGUUCCUUGCAAGCAGAGAUGGGCUCGGAUUAACGAGCAAGUAUCGAAGUUUGCUGGAUGCUAUGAUGCGGCUCUUCGGGAGCAAAGAAGUGGUCAAAAUGAUGAUGAUGUGAUGAAAGCUGCCUUAGACUUAUUCUUCAAUAAUAACGCGUACAAGUUCACCCUGGAUCACUGCUGGAGGGAGCUGAGGCAUGACCAGAAAUGGUGCUCCAUGUUUCAGGGUACGGACAGUGGUAAGGAGAAGCGCAAAGUGGUGGAUGUUGAUAGAGAAGAAGAGGCUGUAGGAGAACCAGAGGGUAUACCUCUCGGAGUGAAGGCUGCGAAAGCUGCUCUUAAGAAGAAGAAGAGUGGCAGAGAACAGGAGUUGUCAAAGUUGCAAGGCGUUUUAGAACUCAAAGAAAAACUGUCUAGGCAAAAGCUCCUUGAUCGUUUAUUAGCGAAAAAGGAGCCUCUCUCUGAGAUGGAAACAACUCUGAAACUCAAACUAAUGUCUGAAUUGAUUUUAUGUUUAUCUGAUCGGUUUAAGGUUAAGGCUGAAGUUGUCACAGGUGCAUUGAAGCUUGAGAAAGUCACGGGUGCAUUAGGAGUAGGGAAAGUCACGGGUGCAUUAGGAGUACUGAAAGUCACGGGUUCAUCUCUUUCAGUUUAUGUAGUAUAA